GCUGAGCUCUUUGGCCAAACAGCCCUUGCUGAAAUGUCAAUACACUACCGGGACGCUGGCUCGCAGGGUUCAUCAUGGUUUCCAGGCAGUGCAUGGCUUUGUUUCUCUGCUUUCUGCUACUGAUUCCUCUUUCUCUGGAUGCAGUCUUUCUAAAGCAAGAAGAGGCAAGCAGCGUUUUGCAAAGGAAAAGACGAGCCAACAGCUUCUUCGAAGAGAUAAAACUGGGGUCACUGGAGCGAGAAUGCAUGGAAGAAAACUGUUCCUUUGAGGAAGCGAGAGAGAUUUACCAUGACGAUGAAAGGACAAAAGAGUUCUGGCACAUCUAUUCUGACCCUGACCAGUGUGAAUCCAACCCCUGUCAGAACGGCGGGAGUUGUGAUGACCAGUUUCAGGACUACGUGUGCCGCUGUCCCAUCGAGUAUGAAGGCAAAAGCUGCGAAAUAGCCCUGGCUGACAGACUGAAGUGCAUGUAUGACAACGGUGGCUGUGAGCAGUACUGCACUGAUGAGCAGUCUGACCGGCGGGUGUGCUUCUGUGCCGACGACUACGCUUUAGCAAGCGACGGCGUCUCCUGCCUUCCCCAAGUGAAAUACCCAUGUGGGAAAAUACCAGUGCUGGAAAAAAAAAAUGCAACUGCACAGGGAAGAAUAGUAGGUGGUUUAAUUUGCCCACCAGGUGAAUGUCCAUGGCAAGCCCUUAUAAUACAGAACCAGGUAGAAAAGUGUGGAGGUACCCUGCUUUCCCCAGAGUGGGUGGUCACGGCAGCUCACUGUUUGGAAUUCACUCAUCUUAAACAGCUUCGGGUGAGACUGGGUGAACACGCAAUAAAUUACGACGAGAAAACUGAGCAAGAAAGUGGAGUUGCCAAGAUGAUCAUCCAUGAAGGAUACACGAUUGGAGAAGUCAAUAAUGAUAUUGCCCUCCUGAGGCUGGAAACACCUGUGAAUCUCACCGACUAUGUGGUGCCAAUAUGCUUGCCUGAAAAACGGUUUGCAGUGCAUGAGCUGUCCUCCAUCAAGUUCUCCACAGUGAGCGGAUGGGGACGUCUACUAGAUAGAGGUGCCACCUCCUAUUUUCUGAUGAGAGUUGAUUUGCCACGUGUAAAGACACAAGAAUGUGAAAAGGAGACCAAUUUAAAUAUUACAGAGAAUAUGUUCUGUGCAGGAGACCUGACUGGUGCUAAAGACUCCUGCAAGGGAGACAGUGGUGGACCUCAUGCUACAAAGUACAAGAACACGUGGUUUCUGACUGGGAUUGUCAGCUGGGGAAAGGGCUGUGCUGUUAAAGGCAGCUACGGGGUUUACACAAGGGUAUCCAAAUACAUCGACUGGUUGAAGAAGCACAUGGACUAAUGAUGUUGAACCAGAGCAUUUCCAGAUUUGUGUCAUUGUCCCUCAGUCCCUCUGUGCCCCUUUCCUAUUGAAGCAUUCCUUCGUUAUCUCAGAUACGUUAUACAUGUGAUACACCCACACCACUAUUACUAAUUUGAAAUGAGCCUAAUGCCUACUUUAAUAUAUAAAAUAACUUCCCUAUUGGUA